AUGACUUUUGGGCCACCCUGUAUAUUAAUAUUAUUUUAUUGUAUAAAUAGAGGUUUAAUGUCUAAUUGUUAUCGUAUAUUACUUCAUCAUAUAAAUUCACUUCGUAAAAAUCAUCAUCCAACACCAUGUUUUGUACAAAUUAAUAAUUCUACAAAUGAAAAUAUUGAAACAAAUUUUGAUAUAAAUUAUGAAGAAUUUGAUACAAUAUCAAUUUCAAUGCAUCAAUUUCCAUCUUAUGUAAAAGAUAUGCAUAAAAAUAAUGAUUUUGGUUUCAUUCGAUUAUUUGAAAAUAUUUGUGAUCUAUCAAAAACUUAUAACUUUUCUGCUGAUAUAUCACAAAUUGAACAUAAUCAAUAUGAUCAUUCACGUGUAAAAUUAUCCUGUAAUGAGAAUGAUGGAAAAGAAAAUUAUAUCAACGCAAAUUAUGUGGAUGGAUUUCAUAAAACUAAUGCAUAUAUUGCAACACAAGGACCUAUGAUAAAUACUAUCAAUGAUUUUUGGAGAAUGAUUUGGGAAAAAGAUGUUAGUGUAUUAGUAAUGAUAACUAAUAUAAAAGAAUGUGGAAGAAUCAAAUGUGAUGUUUAUUGGCCAUUAGAUGGUACUGAAACAUAUGGAACUAUUCAAGUAACUCUAAUCAGUACGAUUUCUCUUGCAUAUUAUGUUAAAAGAAUAUUUUCAAUUCAAUGUGAAACAAAUCAAAAGCUCAUCAAUUCUGAACGUCUUAUUCAUCAAUUUCAUUUUACUGAUUGGCCUGAUCAUGGUGUACCUUUAUUUACAUUACCUGUUCUCUCAUUUAUACGUCAUUCAUCAGUUUGUAAUACAGAAACAGGUGGACCGAUAGUUGUUCAUUGUUCUGCCGGUGUUGGUCGUACAGGAACUUAUAUAGUAAUUGAUACAAUGUUAAAAAAGAUUAAUGAACAACAAACAAUAAAUAUACCUUCUUUUUUAAAACAUAUUCGACAACAACGAAAUUUUCUUGUUCAAACAGAAGAACAAUUUAUUUUUAUAUAUGAUGUUCUUUUUGAAGCUGCACAAUUAUCAAUUAUUGGUUAUAAUAAUGUAGAAUUAAAUAAGCAUAAUAUUGAUUAUGUUAUAAAAACAUUAAAUUCUUAUGAUAAAGAUUCAAAUAUAACACGAAUAGAAAAACAAUUUCAAUUAAUUAUAGAACAAAUAAAAACAAAUCAUCAUCAAUUAUCAGUUGGAUAUAUGGAAGAGAAUUUAGCAAAAAAUAGAACACAAGCUAUUAUACCAUUAAAUUCAUGUCGUGUUCUACUUUCUACAGAUAGGAGACGAACAAAUGAAGACUAUAUUAAUGCAUCAUAUAUUCACAGCUAUUAUCGUGUUGAUCAAUUUAUCAUUACUCAACAUCCAAUGAUGAAUACAAUGGUUGAUUUUUGGCAAAUGAUAUGGAAUACUCAUGCCAAUAUCAUUCUUUCUUUAUAUGCCGAUGAAAAAUUACAAUCUGAUGUACCUGAUUUUUGGCCAUUAGUAAGUCAAAUAAUUGAUUGUGGAAGUUUCAUUGUUUGUUUAACAAAUGAACAUUUUGAAUAUGAAUAUAUUUAUCGAGAUUUUUCACUUCGAUCAAUAGAGGAAAAUUAUGAAUUAAAAGUAAAAUUAAUUUCAUGUACAUAUUGGCCAGAAACAUGUUCACCGAUUAAAACAUCAUUUAAUCUUAUAAAUACAAUAAGAAAUUUAAAAUCUAAUGGACCUAUUGUUGUACAUGAUCUUUUUGGUGGUCAUCGUGCUGGAACAUUUUGUGCCUUGUAUACAAUGAAUGAACAAAUAGAAAUUGAAGGUAAAUUAAAUGUAUAUGAAUUAGCAAAAUUUUAUUAUUUAAAACGACCUGGAAUUUGGCGUCAUCAUGGUGAUUUAUUACAUUUAUAUCGGUGUGCAGAAAUUCUUUUUCAUGAAUAUAAAUCAUUAAAUUAUAAUCAUCGUUUUGUAUCUAAUCUUCCAAUAUAA